AUGGUUUCAUGUCUGUUAGUCAUUAUUUUUCUCUUUUAUCUUACAGAAAUCACAAAUCCCUUGUUCUACUUCCUAUUUUCUUGUGCUUCGAUGUUCAACUACAAAUAUUCGGUUCCGGUUAUUGGAUUCAUUGGAUUCGUUCUCAACCUAUUUCUAUUCAUUCGAUUUUCCACCUCAAGCAAGAAGCCAUUCAGCAGUUUCCAUAGACUAUGUCUGUUUAAAACUAUUCCAAACCUUAUAAUCAGUGCUGUAUUUGCCUUCUGGACAUCCGCAAUUUCAAUUCUGGGAGCUACCUAUGCCCAUAUCCCAAGAAUCGAAAACAUCAUAAUAUCCCAAGCUGUCAGUGGAUUCCCAUAUUUCUUGGCUCCUCUUAUUCAAGUAUGUAUGUCUGUUAAUCGAUUCUUCGUUAUAUUUUUCCCAUUUUCAAAUUCACAACCUGGACGUCUUCCGUUUACAAAUUUAGCGCUUACUUUCUGUUUGCUACUGUCACAUAUUCCCCUUCUUUUAUCAGCUUUGACUGACUGCUACCUAGUUUAUGAUCCAGAACUAUGGAUAUUUCUACCGGAACGUUUAGAAGAAUGUGGACAUGCUAUGGAUCGACUGACAUUUCUAACUGUAGGAAUACUGUCAUUUCUAUCGAAUGGGUUUAAUUUGAUCAUUUUUGCAAAACUGUUAAAAGAUAAAAUGGUUGGAAUCAAUGAGGAACAAAAACUGAAAAGAAGAAAGAAAUGGCAAAAAAUGUAUAUUCAAAGUGUCCUUCAAGAUUUCAUUCAACUAAUUGACAUUGCCAAUUACAACUUCACUUCUAAACUGAUGGAUACAGAAUUGUGGAGUUUCAUCUUCUGCUCCUUAUCCUUUGCAAUGGUAUACGCUCUGGACGGAGCUGUGAUGGUCUACUUCAAUAUAGAUUGGAGUUUUUGUUGCAUCGAUCCCAAAAAAUCAAGUGUAUUUGUAUCAGGAGCACAAAGUAGUACAGUGAAACCUGGAGGGAAAAGCAAUAGGCUUAUUAUUAACUAA